CCCGAGUUUUAUUCUAGAGGGGCUGUAGAGGUCCUUUUUUAAUUUAUUCGAAGUAGAAUCUCAGGUAUAUCUCACUAGAAAUGAUUCUAAUUUAUAUAACUGCUUAGUAUGCUAUAUUGCAGUGUUGGAAGUUGUUGAACACACCUCGAUCAUACCUAUAUAUGUGGUAUGGAUCAAGAAAAAUGCAGCGCUAAAGCAGAAGAGAAUGAUAUUUCCAAGGAUGAUAUAGAUUCAUCAGUAUUAGACAGUAGUGAAGAAUUAGAAUUUAUUGAUUUCCAGAAAGAUCCAGUUAAUUUCUGUGUUAGUUCAUAUGACAUCUCAUCAUCAAGCCUAAUUAAAUCACCACUUGUUUCUGAACUGUUGAUAUCACAUGGUUUAUUGAAUAUUGAACAUAUUGAAGACAGGCCACACUGUAAUGCAGAUUCUGAAAGCAAGUUUUGCUCAAUAGAUGACAGCUAUGGUCCUCCAUCAUUUCUAAGAGUAUAUUCUCUGCAGCCUCCGCCAUUUAACUGGAAUAAUGAAGAUGAUGAUGAUGAAAAAAAAGGUGUAUAUAAGUGUGGCUGGGAAGCAUGUGAUACAUAUUUCAGUUGUAGAAAAGAUCUUGCUCAACAUGUAAAUAAUUCACAUAUUUGUCAGGAUGAAAACUCUUUAUAUAGAUGUCAUUGGAAUGGUUGCACUCGACAAGGAAAGGCUAUCAAUGCCAGGUACCGAAUGCUAAUUCAUAUUAGAACCCAUACUCAUGAAAAACCGCAUGGAUGUGAUGUUUGUGGAAAGAAAUUUUCCAGACUAGAGAACUUAAGAAUUCAUAUAAGAUCUCACACUGGGGAAAAGCCAUAUGCUUGUCCUGUUGCCGGUUGCAACAAAGCCUAUUCAAACUCCAGUGAUCGAUUUAAACAUUCAAAGACUCACCAAGAGGAUAAGCCUUAUGUUUGUAGAGUUGAAGGAUGUGAUAAAAGGUAUACUGAUCCCAGUUCAUUACGUAAGCAUAUGAAAUCCACAGCACAUGGAGGUGAUAAUCGACAAAAAUCAAAUUCAAAUCCUCAGGGAAACAAAAAUGGAGAUGUACAGAUCGAAAAUGCUAGUAAUGGUAGCAAAAGUGCUAUCUGCUCUGAAAUAAAAUCAUCAUUUACAAAAGUAAGCAAUCCCAAUAAACCAUAUGCAUGCAAAGCUGAAGGUUGCAAUAAGAGAUAUACUGAUCCAAGCUCUCUUAGAAAGCAUUUAAAGGCAAGCCUCCAUACUAGAGACCAUAAUGCCCUAAAGUUAAAAAUUUCUGUUUCAAAAACUAUGCAAAAUAAAAGCAAUAUUCUUAAUUCUCAGGUAAAUAAUGUUGUCAUUAGUAAAGUGUCUAAAAGUAAUGACCUGUCAGAUAUUUCUGACAACUCAACCAAAGAACUGAGCCUUUCCAAAUUAUCAGAAUCUGAGAGACGAGGUGAGAAAAAUAGCCUUGAUGAUUCAACACCUUUGGAUUUAAGUGUUAGCUGUACUUCAGUCGAUGACAUUUCUGUUGAUUCUCAAUCUACAGUUGAGCUAAAAAAAUUAAAUUCCUGACUGGAUCUUGAUCAAAUUUAUAUUUAUAGCCUAUAUUUUUGUUAUGAGAUACUUUGUAUAAAUAUAUUUUAUCUAUUUUCAUAUAUCUAUAUAAAUAAUAUAUAAAGACGUUAUAUAAUUAAAAUAAUGGAAAUUAAUUGUGAUUUUAAUUUAUAUUUUGGUGUUAUAGAGCUAGAUCAUUUAAUGUAUGUUUAUGUUGGUAUAUUUACUUAUUUAAAUUAUUUUUACCAUAAUCUGUGUAUUUAUUUAUAUGCAUAUAUACUUAUUUAUCUAUAUUUUAGUAUUCCAAAGCUAUUACUUUUGCCUUUAAACACAAAUUUGCUUUCAUUAAAGUUUGUUUGUUUUUUUAUUUAAUAUGGUACCUUGUCAGGUGAAGAAGGUUUGUUGAAUGCAUUUGUAUUAGGAAUAGGGAUUUUCAUUUCAUUUUGCGCAUUGCUUAAUUGAUAUUAAAUUUUUCCACCAAGAUCUAUUGAUUAUUUUGUGUUUAAAGUUGUUUUUUUAUUAGUUGAUAGUUUCAAUUUUAGUUUUUACCUGAGGAAUUUUGUUAAUUUGGCACAUAUGUAUAUGUUGCACUCAUAUUAUGCUUUAAAUGUGCUUUGGCGAUAAUUUCCAAAAAUGUUGCCCAAAAUUUCAACAAUAUUCAGAGUUUGAAUGCUUUUUCUUUUAUUCAAUAAAUAAAAAAACCCUAAUUUAUGUGUAUAAUACAUUAUAUAUAUAAAUAUACUAGCAUAAUACAUAAAUAUAUUGACUCUGUAUAGCAUGUUAGAUAGUACAGGAAUAAGUAUUAUCCUGCUUGAAAAUGUUCCCCGUAAAUUUGAAUUUAAUAUGAACCUAGAAUGAAUGUAACUCUUAAACUAGUUCAUAUUUUAUCUGAAAGGAAAAAAUUUUCCCGAGGAACAGUAUCAGAAUGGAGUUCUCCCCCCAAAUCACUCAUGUGUGGUGUGUGUGUGUGUGUGUUUUUUUUUUCUCAUUUUUGUGUAAGACUCAUAGACCAGGGCAGAAGAGCUCAAAAACAGCAAAAAGUUAAAUAAAUUAAAUACAGGAUUCUGACACCGUGAAAGGGUAUUAAAUCUUGUAUAAAUAAAGGGAAAAAUUCGUGCUUAAGCGAAUUCGUUGGGGUGAAGGGGGUUGAUUUUAGGGGUUGAAAAAAUGUUUUUCAUUAAUGGCAAAACUAUUGGUUUUAUCAAAAAAAGUUAAAUUUUAAAAAGGUUUAGAUAGUAAAAAAAACCUAAAACUUUUACAUUUAAAUUUAUUUAAAAAAAUUCGAACUUCAUGGGGAGAAAAAUAUAAAAAAACGAUUUUUUUUUUUUGGUUUUUGUUAUUUUUCUAUUACAAAAAUAGUUCAAAUCGCAUAAAAUUUGGUGGAAAGUUUGCUUUUAAUGUCUUAAAUAAAUAGGAAUUUUUUUUAAACAAAAUAUUAAUUUUUUGAUUUUAUUUUAAUUUUUAAUCAAAAAGCAGACCUAUUAUUCAAUCAAAUUUUCUACUUUAAAACUUUGUUAACUCAACUUUAGUAGUGGUCUUUUUAUUCAUUGAAAGGUCAACUUUCAUAUGGUGAAAUGUUUCUGUGGAAAAAAUAUUCGGGAAAAUGAAAAAAACUAAAAAAUGUCCUUUUUCGAUUUUCAUUUUUUUAUAUUUCCUUUUGCAAAUCAUACAGUAUGCCAAUAUACAAUACACAAUUUAUUUAUAAACAUUCUACAAAGCAUUAAAGAUUAGUAAAAUAUAUAUUUUGAUGUGUAAAUUUCAGUAUAAAUUUGUUUAUUCAAAAAAUAAAUUAUUCAUAAUAAUUGAUAAAUAUACAAAAAAUGAAUAUUAUAAAUGAUUUUGAAAAAAAUAGGCAUAAAACAUUAAAAAUUAAUAAACAUCGUCCAAAUAUUAUCUUUCCAUACAUUACAAAAUUAAUAUCACUAUUGCUAAAUUUAAAAAAAAUUAUGAAUUAAUAUUUAUCCUUCUUUUUGAUGGAUUGUCUUUUUCAUAAGUUUCAUCUUCACCUUCAGUAUUAUUGUCAGUUUCUUUGAGAUCACCAGCUUCUUCAUUUGCUUCUUCUUCCUGCACUUCCUCUUGCUGUAAAUUGCUCACUGCUAUAUCUUCUAUUAAUUCUGAUUCAAAAUCCUCAAAAGACUUUUUCUAGAUUAUUGCAGUGCUCAUUAUCGUGACAUUUUAAGCACAGAUUUGUACAUUUCAAUCCGUGUUUCUUGCAGCCGCAAUUACUUUUGUGGCAAAGGCUGUUGCAACUGCAAGAAAUUGAUUGCAAUAAUUUCUCUGGAAUUAACUCAACAUUCACACUAUAUGUAUAUAUUUUUUUUUAAAAAUUGAAAACAUUAAUUUCAUUUAAAUAAUUUUUUUCACAAAGAUUGAAAAAUAAAUUUAAAAUGAAUAGAACUGUAGAAAAUUUGAUUUCAAUUACUUUGCAAUAUUUUUGUUACUCUACUAAUAUAAAUGUUUAAAAUAAUAAUAAUAAAUAAAUAAACAAAGCAAUUGAUGAUUAAAUCGCCAGUAUUUACUUUUAUUUUAAUAACUGGUUUCAAUUUGUUUUGGUUAGUACACGAUGAUAGUUUAAAGUAAGUUAUAUUUCAUUGCAAAGAUAAAAUUCAAUUGUUCAACGUUAACUUACUAUAGUUAAACAAAAAACAAUCCGCACUUGCACAAACUUUAUUCAGUAAUCUUCAAUACAAUAUUUUAAACACCAUGUGGUUUCCAAAAUAAAAUGAUGCUACUCACAAGACUGUUCUUUUGAGACUGUCUAACGGUUUCGUCAUCUGCUCCAAAAUGAGUCGGCUCCGCCCCUGACCCAUAGGUGGAUUUACGGGGGUGCCAGGGGAUGCGCCGCACCCCCAACAUUUUGGUUGAAUUUUCAAAAAAAAAAAAAAAAAAUAGAAUAUCAUUUUAUAAGGAAAAAAAAUUUUUUUUUUUUCAUCAGGAAGUUUUUAAAACAGCUUAUACUUUUCUACAGCUACAAUGCAAGUUAAUUUACUAGAAAGCAAACCUAAAAAUACAAUAAAGAUUGCCGGUGCAAGAGAAAUUGUGCGACUUAUGAAGAAAUAUUUUAUCCGCUUAAAAAAAGAAAGAUAAUAAAUAAUUACAUGCAUCAAAUGUACACCUAUCUUAAAUUAUUUAUUAUUCAGUGCUGUAUUGUAGAAUAAUUGUAUGCUCUGUAACUGGAUACUUAAUGGUUAAUUAUUACAAUUUCUUUUUCUUAGAAACAACCAUGGGUAAUAAUGUCAAAAAAUAUGGUUAUUGUAAUAUAUUUCCUCAAAAACAAAACAAACUGUUUGAAGUCCUUACACAUCAUUCCAGUAAACAGUGACAUAAAAAUGCUCUGAAAUCAAAUAAAAAUAAGGACCCCAAAGACCCCAUGCUUGUCCUGGGAAAUCCCCCCCCCCCCCCAACCAGAGCUGCCACUGAUUUCCGCUACUAAAAUAGUUGCUUUAGUUGUCUUUAGCAUAAAAAAUAGUUACCAUAUAAAGAAAAUAGAUUCUAUAAUAGUCUCACAUUUUUUUAAAAAAAGCAUUUACAUCAUAUUUAUGCAAUGGUAUUUCGAUAAAUAGACAUCACUCACAGCAGUGGGAUAGACCUAUACGUGGGGCAAAUUUCCACUAAACAACCCUUGGAAAAGAAAACUUUAAAAAGCAUUUUCCAAACUUUAGUUCAAUCUUUUAGUUUGGAAAAACUUAACCUGGCAUCAUUGUAAAGACUACACAGAUCCUACUCACAGCAUUAUGACGCGACGUCAUUUGCCCUUGCCCUAACUAUAGAAGCAUCGCAUUCCAAUCGAGAGAAAAUUAGCUCUUGUUUUCAAAAAAUUAAUGACUUGGAUACAAGAAAUUAGAAACCGAAAAACAGUUAGAAAGAAAUUAGAAUUUUUUUCAGAAAUCGCGAUUGCGAAAACGAAACUUUUUGUGCAAAAAUAUGAGCAUCUCAUUUCUGGUCGUGAAUCAUUUUUCAUUUCAUUUUCCUACUUUUUAAACAUUUCAUUUUCCCUCUUUUUAAACGAUUGUUUUUAAAGAAUAAACACUGUAAAAUUUUCCUGUUCCGCGGUUUUUUCCCUGGUGAAACGAAUUUUCACUUUUUUUUUGUAUUACUUUUUUGUCUCAGGAGGCAAAAAAAUCAUUUUUACGUAUCUCAGUUACAUUUGCUUAAAUGGGUGCAUAAUAGUCGUUUUUUCCCUUUGCCGUCAAAAUAGUAGCCUCAGUCGCAAUUGGCAUCCCCCCAACCCGACUCCCGGUAUUGUUGCACUCCCAGAAUUCAGUCUAAAUCUGCCUAUGCCCUGCCCCUGCCACUUCGGUGCUUUGGAGAUGUCUGCUUUGAGAAAUGUGUACCUAUUAUACCUUCCAGAAAACCAGAUUCUCAAGAUUUUGGAAAAUUUCCAUUGAGAAGAAAAAUUUUUAGUUGAUCUUCAACUAAAAAAAAUAAUGAAAAUCGAAAACGGACAUUUUUUAGUUUUUCCCAUUUUCCAAACAAUUUUUCCACGGAAUUUUUUUUUUUUCACCAUAUGAAAGUUGACCU